AAAGAUUUAUGCUAGUUAGAUAUUAGCCAGUUCGGCAAGUGAGAUAUUAAAAGGCUUUGUGACAUUUGGGACAAAUUCCAGUGGCAACUCAAAAGAUGUUGUCAUGGAAGCUUCUCUAUAGAAUCUUCGAGAACCAGAUGAUGUGAUUGACAAUCUUCAAGUGAAACUUCAAGAACCAGAUGACGUGAUGGACAAUCCUUCAGUGAUACUUCAAGAACCAGAUGAAAUGAUGGACAAUCCUCCUGUGAUACUUCAAGAACCAGAUUAUGUGAUGGACAAUCCUCCUGUGAUACUUCAAGAACCAGAUUAUGUGAUGGACAAUCUUCCAAUGAUACUUCAAGAAUCAGAUUAUGUGAUGGAUAAUCCUCCUGUGAUACUUCAAGAACCAGAUUUUGUGAUAGAAAAUCCUCUAGUGAUAAUUCAGAAUCCUCCUGUGAUACUUCAAGAACCAGAUUUUGUUAUGGACAAUCCUCCUGUGAUACUUCAAGAGCCAAAUUAUGUGAUGGACAAUCUUCCAGUGAUAAUUCAGAAACCAGAUGAAAUCAUGGGCAAUCCUCCAAUGAUACUUCAAGAAUCAGAUGCUGUGAUGGACAACUCUCCAGUGAUAAUUCAAAAACCAGAAGAAACCAAGGGCAAUCCUCCAAUGAUACUUCAAGAAUCAGAUGAUUUGAUGGACAAUCCUCCUUUGAUACUUCAAGAAUCAGAUGAUUUGAUGGACAAUCCUCCAAUGAUACUUCAAGGAUCAAAUGAUUUGAUGGACAAUCCUCCAAUGAUACUUCAAGGAUCAGAUGAUUUGAUGGACAAUCCUCCUGUGAUACUUCAAGAACAAGAUGAUCAUAGUGUAAAACCACAGAAUGAUAGGAGUGAAGUUAAUGAUCAUGCAACUGUACGUCUAGCAUCUGUACCCUCAGAUGAUUCAUCUAAAAAUAUUACAGAUCGCAGAUUUCCUGAUUUCACUGUUGCAUUUUUUGGAAACUCUGCAUCUGUUCAGUUUGGAUGUGACAACAUUCUACUUGGAGAAAAACCACCCUGUGUUGAACCUACAGAACUCUGCAUCACUGCUCCAUUGCAGAGAAAGAUAUCAGAGCAUAAUGUGUCAUUGAUCAAUAUGAUUGACCCAUAUGAGACUGAUCUGAAGCCUUCUGAUCCUGUAAUUGGUCAGCUAUUGAAUGAAAAUGAAAUCCAUGCCUUCAUCUUUGUUUUGGGACUAGGUCAGCUAACAGAUGCUGAUAAGAUGGGAACUGAAUGGCUUCAAAGAACAUUUGGUGACAAGGUCCUUUCAUUUGCAAUGAUUCUCUUCACCUAUGAGAGAGAGGAAGAGAGAGACAAUAUCAUAGAUGAACUGAAGAAAAAAUCUGGACUGGAGCAGCUGAUUGAGAAAUGUGGAGGAAAAUAUCACACCUGCAGCAAGAUCAUGAACAACCAAUCAGAGAUAAGAGAAUUGAUGGUCAAAAUUCAUCGUCUGUUUAUUGACAAUAAAGAGCAGUGCUACACUAGUGAGAUGUACAACACCGUUUUAAGAGCCGUGCAAGGCAGUGAAUAUCAAAGUGACGAAACCACUAGAUUAGAGAUCUUAAGGAGAACUGUGCAACCUGAGGAAAAAAGAAAAAAGCUGAUGGGCAGACUUCAUCUGGAAGGCAAAGACAAAACACUGAAAACAGCAGGUUUUCUGCAAUUAACUGAACAUUCACAGUCUCAUCAGUCUUGUGCAGAAGAAAAAUUUGUUCCGACUUUUCUACAAAAAUUACUGAUGUUGGAUUACAGCGCAAGAUGUAUCCAAAUUAAAGAGAAGAAUGAACAAAAUAACAUACAACAAACAGACCAAGAGUUGUCGGAAGAUGUGGAAGAUGCUUUUAGUGCUAUUUUUAAUAAAACAGCAGAAUUUUCCAGAGAAACAAACAAAUUAGACCCCAUUCACCUAAUGGAUGCUCAGAUGGCUGUGUUUCAUUGUGCUGAUGGAUUCCUAAAGCAGCUUAUAGUGACUAAACUCUCACAGUGUCAGUUUGCUCUUCCUCUGCUUGUACCAAGUCCAUUCACACAACAGAUUGAAUUUCCUCUCUGGACAUUUAGACAAAUCAACAAGAGCUGGAAGACGACUGAUAAUAAAGGUCAAACCGUAAGCAAAACCCGACCAGUCUACAAAGCAGAAACACCAAUGGUGGCUUUCUUCAGGUUUGGCUCUGUGUCCUCAUCCAAAUCUCAGUUGAUGAACAGUUUGAUCAAUGAGAAACACAACACUUUCUUCCAUAGAAACUGUCCAGGCAGCAGCAGAACCAGAAUACUGAUGGAUGGGGUGGUGGAGAUCGCCUGGUACUGCCCAUCUGGAGAGGAAACGGAUACAUUUCCUCAAUGUGUUGCGUUCUGUAAUCUUCAUGGUGAUGCAGGAGUCAAUGAGAAGCAGCUGGAUAUCAUAACACAAAUGUCUUCUGUAAAUGUUGUUAUUUUACCUCAAAUCAACAGGAAUGACAACAGCAUGACAAAGAUCCAAAACUUCUUCACAGACUCGAAGCCGCUCAUUUGUCUUCUUACUGAGGAUGAUUCUGUUUUAAAAAAAAUAAGGAAAGAUAAAAAAUACAAAAUGGGAUUGAAGGACAGAAAUCAGUCAGAUGUAUUUGAGGACCUUAGAACAGCUGUCAAAAAUGCACUCUCCUUUUCACAAUCAUCUUCUCUAUUUAAACUUGAAGAUGUGGCGGAGCAGUUACACAUCACAUUAGAUGAGAAGACUGAUGAAGACUGCAGGAGAGGAAAAGAUGCAGCGCAGCAAAUGAUGAGUUUACUGGAGAACACAGAUCUGACAGAAAUCAAAGACUCCUUCCUGCCUUGUCAGGGAAAACUGUGGCAUCAGUGGUGCCAGAAAAAUAAAGAACUCCACAGACCUACAUUGGGUGAAAAACAUAAAGGUGAAAACAUAGAAAAAAACAAAAGUGAAAAGAAAUCAGAAAUGCUGAAAAUACGUGAUCAGCAGCAAACAUCCAUCGUGAAUUUAUGUGAGUUUAUCCACAUCUUCAUCCAAGAACUGAAUUUGGAAAAAGAAAAUGAGAUAAAAUAUUUUCUUAAAUGGAUAGGAAUUCUGCUUGAUGACUUCACCACUGAAAGUCUUUCAGCUCUUCAUCAUGAGUAUGAUAAAAAGUGGUCAAAAGUCUUAGAUCUGAAAAAGAAACCAGAUAAAUUCAUACAACUGACAAGUGAACAAGAAGAGCUUGAGAGAGUUUCUGAGAAACUACAAACUGCAACCUUUGGUUUGGAGCACAUACUGAGAGAGGUCGGUCAGAUAUAUGAAUCAUGUUCAUCUGUGAGGAACUACAAGAAAAACCUGAAGAUUGACUUCAGAACUCUUCCUGGUCUUGCAGCAAAGAUGAUGAUGUCUGGAUUUCCACUGGAGCUGAUGGAUGGAGAUGCUGCUCAUGUUCCUCUGAUCUGGGUUACUGCUGUUUUAGAUGAACUCAUCAAGAAACUGGGAGACAAGAGAGUCUUUGUGCUGUCAGUAUUAGGGAUUCAGAGCUCUGGGAAAUCCACCAUGUUGAACGCCAUGUUUGGUUUGCAGUUUGCUGUCAGUGCCGGUCGGUGCACCAGAGGAGCUUUCAUGCAGCUGGUCAAAGUGUCAGAGGAGGUGAAGAUGAAAAAACAGCUGAAGUUUGACUAUAUUCUGGUUGUUGAUACUGAGGGUCUUCGUGCACUAGAACUGGCUGGAAGAUCAACAAGAAACCAUGACAACGAAUUGGCCACAUUUGUUGUUGGUCUUGGAAAUAUGACGUUGAUCAACAUCUUUGGAGAAAACACUUCUGAGAUGCAGGACAUUCUUCAGAUUGUCGUUCAGGCCUUCCUGAGGAUGAAGAAGAUCAAGCUAAAUCCCAGCUGUAUGUUUGUGCAUCAGAAUGUUUCAGAUGUUACAGCCGGAGAGAAAAACAUGGAAGGAAGAAGACGACUUCAAGAGAAACUGGAUGAGAUGACAAAACUUGCUGCUAAGGAGGAAGACUGUAAUACAGAGUUUUUCAGUGACGUCAUUGCAUUUGAUGUAAAGGAUGAUGUGAAGUAUUUUUCACAGCUCUGGGAGGGAAGCCCACCUAUGGCUCCACCAAACCCAAACUACAGCAGGAACAUCCAGGAGUUGAAGAACAUCAUUCUCUCAAAAGCUUCUGGGGCGAGCGGCAUCACACUGUCACAGUUCAAAAUGCGUAUUGAUGAUCUUUGGACUGCACUUCUGAAUGAAAACUUUGUGUUCAGCUUUAAAAACACACUAGAGAUUUCUGUAUACAGAAGACUGGAAACUAACUAUAGCGACUGGACCUGGAGUCUCAGGAGUGCCAUGUUGAGUAUUGAAGACAAAUUCUACAACAGAAUUGCGAAUGGAAACACUGAGGUCAAGGAAAACGACUUGCUGGCUGAAAUGAGGAAGACAAAAGAACAAGUAGAAAAAUCGAUGGAGUCUUACUUUGAUGAUGACAAAGACAAAGACAUUCUAUGUCAAUGGCGAGGAAGAUUCGGAGACAGAAUUGAAUAUCUUCAUGACGAACUGGUGAAGGGGACGAAAAUAAAAUUGUAUAAAGAGAUUGAACAGAAGAAAGCAAGAGAGAAACUAGACAAAAAAAGGACAGAGUAUGAAAAUGUGCUUUUUAAUAAGAGCAAGGAACUUGCUUUAGAUCUGAAAAGUAAAGGAACUGAGGAACAUGUCCAUGUUCUGGAGAAUACAUUCAACAAGAUGUGGAGCAGAUGGGUAACAGAGAUGUCAGAAAAUACUCCUGACCUGGAAGAUUUACAUUUUUGGGAGGAUGUCACACAAAUUUUAUCAGAAAAUUUUGAGUUGACACUUGUCAAUGAGCGACUACAUCUGAGAGACUUUAAACAGAUAGUCAUCAGAGGUGAUUAUGAUGAUUACAUUCUACUACAGAACCAUCUGGAGCGAUCUGAUGACACUGUGCCUUCAGAAGAGGCUGAGGAGAGCUCUAAAAUAAACAAGAGUGGGCUAAUUCAGCGGUAUUUUGUGAAUCCAACACGAAAAGUUAUUUCACUUGUUACAGGGUAUAGAAACAAACCAGAAAACAAGAUCUUGAAUGCGGAACAUUAUGACUCUGUGCGCCAAUUGAUUCAGAAAGGGAUUCAGGAAAGUGAGAAAUUAAUGGAGAAAUCACCAGUAAGAAGACAGGGCUACAAUGUCAGUUACAUUCAGAAAAUAACAGACUGUGUUAAAAAGUCUGCACAACAACACCAAUCAAAGAGUCCUAAAUAUAAAAUGAAAAGAGAGUUUACCAUCGAUCUCUGUCUCUACGUGUGUGACAUUGCAAGUCAGAAAUUUACUGAACUCCACAAGGAAUUCAGAGAAACCAAUGAUCCAAGAAUUUAUCUUGAGAAGCAGAAAACUCAAUAUUACAACAUCUUCAAAAACUUCUGCAGAGGAGCAACAACCACAACCAUACUGAUCGACUUCAUCUGCAGCAAACUUGAACCAUCCAUUUUACAAGAAGUUUACAACAAAACCGCUCUUGAUGUGACAGCACGGAUGAGGUCUGACAUACAAGCCUUACGUGAGAACAGAUCAAAUCUGGAGAAACACAUUCUGAAAUCCCUCGCAAAAGAAGAGAACUUUCACCAGUACAUACAAUACAUCCAUCAACCCAAAGAACACUUCAAACAAUUCAUAAAACACGAAGUGUGCAAAUACUUCAACAAACAAAACAAAAUAAUUGUAAAGGUCUUCAAAGGAAACCUACAACAGAAAGAGCAGAUUGUGAGUAAUGCUGUGCAUGCAGCAACAGCAGAGGUCAAAAUGAAGGGAGGAGAUGGAAACAUGUGGUUCAGAAGUUUCACCAAAACACUCACAGACGAGCUGAAAUUCACAGGAGAGGCAUAUAUUGAUCUCACAGAAGUUAAAGACUUGGAUUUUCUUGAAAAUCAUUUGAGUGAAAGUCUGAAUGAAAUGAUGAAAAAGCUACGAAACAGUUUUUCAAGCAUUAAUGACAUUCAAAUGGAAAAGUGCAGGAAGAAACCAGAUGAGAUUUUGAUCGAUCACUUCUGUCAGUGCUGUUGGGUUCAGUGUCCCUUCUGUAAAGCCAUCUGCACCAACACAAUUGAAGAUCAUUCUGGAGAUCACACUGUUCCUUUCCAUCAUAGUACUGGACUGAAUGGUGUCUUCUAUAGAGGAACAACAAACUUGUGUAAUCGUUUCUGCACAACAGAAGUAGCAAGUGAUGGGUCCUUUUUCCCAAACUCCUCAGAUGACAAAGUCCUCUGGAAAGAAUACAGAAAAGGAGGUCCUAUAUUUGCUAACUGGAGCAUCACUCCUGACCACUCUGAGCUGCCAUACUGGAAGUGGGUUGUGUGCAGAUUCCAGGAGGAUCUGGAAAAGCACUACAAUAAAAUAUUCGAGGGACAUGGUGAGAUUCCAGCUGAAUGGAAAAAAUACACAAAAGAGGAUGCUAUUGAGAGUUUGGAUAAAUACAUGUGAAUAGAUGAUUUUCUUUACUUGGAUUCAUUGAUCAGCAAAUGUAGGUUAUAGAAGGACAAUCAAUGCUCAAUGCAAUCGGAAUGGGAAAUGUUUAUUGAUUAAUAUCUUAUGAAAUAUAUAUAUAAAUAUAUAAUACCAAUGAAAUAUAUUUAAAAUGCAUGAAAGUUAAACCUAAAAGUAAUAAAAGAAAUUUGAAGUGAAAAUUUUGUUUAAUGUUUAAUCACUUUAAAGCUGCAUGUAUAACU